AUGUUUUUGGGCUUGAGAAGGGUGAGAUUCAACUUUGGUGCAGUUUUAGAGCAAUAUCAAUACUUAGUAAGACAAGAGGAGAUAGCAAGAGACGAGAGGUAAGUGAAUACGGUAUGAUAAAAUAAUUAAGGCUAAAAGAUUGUCUAAUUUGACAGGGUCAAUGAUCAGUUGGUCUAAACACACUAAUAAUGGUUGUAAUACUCAAAAUUCUUGGAUGAAUUUAUUAGAAGAAAUUAUACAACUUAGUAAAGUUAAGUGUAAUAACCAUCUGCAAAGUAGUCAUCAUUCUUUAGCUCUUUGUUCGGGGGAUCUCAAACUGUUAGUAUUAAUGAGACUAAAUUAUAAUCGACUCAAUAAGAUCAUAAUCGUCCAUUUGUAUAAUAGAUUUAGGGGUUGUAUGUAUUUGGAUCACCAGGAUGUGGGAAAACUUAUAUUAUGGAUUUAUUUUAUGAAUAAUGUUAAAUUACCUAAAAGAAACGAAUCCAUUUUAAUGAGUUUAUGCUUGAUAUACAAAAGGAUCUACACAAAUGUUCUAGUAAAGAAGAUCCUGUGAGUAAGGUUGGUACUGCAAAAGCUAAAGAUAUAAGAUUAUUAUGUUUAGACGAGUUCUAAGUUACUGAUAUUGGAGAUGCAUUAAUUUUAAAGAGAUUAUUUGAGACAAUGAUUAAUAACCAUAUGAUUUUGGUUGCAACAUCCAACAGACCUCCAGAAGAUUUGUAUAAGGGAGGAUUAUAAAGACAUCUAUUUUUACCAUUUAUUCCAUUUUUAAAAUAAUCAUGCAUUAUUCACAACAUGGACUCGUAAGUUGAUUAUAGAUACUCUUACGUAUGAAUAUUGUGUAUUCUAAAUAGUCUGAAGCUCAAACAGAAAGAUUAUUAACAUAUAUUAGUCCUUUGGAUGAUAAUGCUGAAUAGACAAUGAAAGCAAUUUUCAAAAGAAUAAGUAAAACAGACAAAUUGUAAAAUUUGUGUAUCUAUAUAUAUUAGUUAUGAAAAAGAAAUAGAAGUAAUUGAAGGAAGAAACUUUAAGAUAAAAAGAUAAGCUAAUGGAGUAGCAAUGUUUGAUUAUGAAGAAUUAUGUGAAGAUGUAGUAGGAGCUUCAGAUUUUAUAGCUUUAUGUAGAAAUUAUCAUACAAUAUGUCUAAAGGGAGUAAAACAAAUUAGUAUGAGUAAUCGAAAUGCUGCUAGAAGAUUUAUAUUAUUAAUUGAUGAAAUGUAUAAUCAUAAAACAAAAUUGUAUUGUUCUGCAGAAAGAGAUUUGAUGAAUCUCUUUAUUGUAAAGAAUAAAGGAGAUUAAUAUGAUGAAGAAUUUGCUCUUGAAAGAUGUAGAUCUAGAUUGAAGGAGAUGUAAUCUAAAGAAUAUUUAGAGACUCCAUCAUAUUAUGAUUAAUAAAAAUAAUGA